GACACUCUCUUCUCAAUUAAGCGGCAGGCAGGGCUCUCGAGAAUUCUCCCAUAGCUACUCUCGGAGUGGAGAACUGAUAAAGUCUCCAACUUUACAUUCUUCCAUUACUCGACCAAUCUUCCAUGGAAGCACAGCAAGAGCAGGGUCCAAGUCUUGAAGACUGCUUGAAGCUAUUGAAAGGGGAACGAGACGAACAGCGCCUUGCCGGCCUUCUUCUCGUCACCAAGUUUUGCAAAGGUGAUGACCUCUCCUCCCUCCGCAGGGUUUACGAUGCCGUGGGACCUCUCUUUCUUGACCGACUGCUUAGGACAGGAAUGGGAAAAGGAACUAUCACCAGUGGCCGAGAAAAUGAUCGGGAUGCGUAUUUACACCUCUCAGUUACAGUGCUCGCCGCAUUUUGUCGUGUUCCAGAGGUUGCAUCCUUGGAAGAUAUGGUUUUGAAAAUCCCACUUAUAUUGGAAGUAAUGUCCACGGAACCAGGUUCAUCUGUCCUUGAAGAAUGCUAUGAAUUUUUGUACUUAGUGUCAACUGCUUCUGCGAAUGGAAGUAUGAAGUUUUACGAAUCUGGUGGUGUCAAGAUAUUAGCUGCUCAGAUAUGUUCUAUGCAAGAUGGUUCUCAUCUCAUGGAGAUCUGUCUUAAACUUGUGGAACUAAUUCUGAGCAGGAUACCAUUGGACGUUUUCAUGAAGGAUUACUUAUCUGAACUUGCGAUUUGUGUGGCAGCAGUGGCAAGGCAAUUUGCUGUCUUGCACAACUCCUUGAAAUUUGAAGCUCUCCAUGUGCUUAGUGCCAUCAUUUCUUCAAAAGAUGUAGUGCCGCUUUUCAAUGCCCUCCGUUUACUUCCUAAUGAUAGCUGGUCACAUGAUAUGCGCCUUGGUAUUGUGGCCAUUUUGCAGAAUCGGGUUGCUCCUGCUGAAAGGCUUCAAGCUCUCAUGUUGGCGGAGUCUAUCAUUUCCAAUUUUGGAGAGGGUUGGCUGAUCAACCACAGGAGCACGAGUGAUGCCCAAGAUAGCCCUUCGACUGACAUGUGUCUAUUACUUGUGUUGGAGCAAUCACGGGUUGAAGUUGCUGUUCUUCUGAAUGAGUUGGCCUAUCUAAAGUAUGAAGCACCUAAGGAUACUUCAGCUACUGCAGAGGCAAUUCUCUUGAAGCGACGAAAUGUGGCUGUUGCCUACUCUUUGAUUGAGAAAAUAAUAAAAUUAAUAUCAACUGUCGAUGGAAAUGAUGGCAACUUCGUUGAUGAGGCAACAUUAACAAAGUUGAUCCGUCAGCUGAACGAGACUAUUGGUGUUAUUCUAGAGUAUCUGGAAGAUGCAAAGGAACGUGGACAGAAUAAAGGGGAUGAUUUACUUGCUUCAGUGCGGAUUAUAGGGAGCUACCUGGCUGAGGCGCCCCUUGCAUGCAAGGAGAAGGUUCGGGAACUUUUAGGGUAUAUGCUCUCUGUUCAAGGAGAAGAUGAACAGAGCCCUUUCCACUCUGUCUGCUUUUUACUUCCAAUGCUGUGCCAAAUUACAAUGGAUGUUGAAGGAUGUAAUGUUCUAGCUUCUUGUGGAGGACUAAAUGCUGUUCUGGAUUGCUUUACUAAAUUAAUCGGGUCAAAAGAUUAUAUGGUUGAGGAUAAUGGCGGUGUCUUCUUGACAUGUGAUACAAUCAUGAAUCUCCUGCUAAAGAAAGACAAAUUACAGUUGACGUUUGAGGAAUCUGAUAUUGUCAAAAUUCUGAAGGCAUUGGCAUAUUGGGCAGAGAACGCUGGAGACACAUCAAGUAUGAUGAUGGCUUCAAGCAUUUGCGCGCUGAUAUUUGAUUACACUUCUGAAGAGUCUCUUCUGAAUCAUCCUGAUUUCAACCACAGCGAUCUUCGCAGUCUUUAUCGGCUGAUCGCUAGAUGUCAGGCUUCAUCUGGACAGGAUACUGAAGCAGAUAUGGAUCUUAUAGAGAUUGUUGCUGCAGGUUACUCUCGUUGGGCUCAUCGAUACCCUCACAUAGGGGAGGCCAUGAAAAACUUGACUUGAUGAUGGUUUCGAGCCUCAAUGUGGCUGCAGGACUAUGCUGUUUACCCAAUAUCUAUGAUUGAGUUUAAUGAUUGCUGUUCAUAGUUUACAGUAGCGAGUUCGUUGUUGUUGUAAGGCUAUGCUAAGCAACUGGUGGGUAUGUCCCUCGUUUUCAAAGUGGCCACAGCUGCAUUGUUGUAAUAACUUAUCUAAUCUAAUUAAUUCAAAAGGUAGGGUUUAUGUCAAAUGUUACUGAUGAGUUAUCAAAUUAAAUUUUAAAUUUGUCAGAAGUUGUCUAGUUAAUUCAAAAGCUGGGGUUUAUAUAAAA